AUGGAUGUGAAAUUAGUCACUGCUUUGGCUCUUCUAGCUGUUGCAGUUAGUCAGACGUCUGAGACUUUGUUUCCUGGGGCCUUUGACUGUUGCACGAAAAUUUCAGAUGAAAUUCCCAAAGGAAUUCUCAGAAGAGUGAGGAGGUUUGAAAUCCAGGAAGCUGAUGGCCUGUGUCACCUAGAGGCUGUUAUUCUCCAUGUAAAAGGCAAAAAGUUCUGUGUGAAUCCAUGGAUUAGAAAAGUCAAAAAAAUGAUUAGGAAGAUAAAGCACAAGAUUCACAGGAGCAGACCUCAUGUUAGAAGACAGAGAACCAGAAUGAUCAAAAAGAAUGAACAGAAGCAGUAG